AUGAGCUCAUCUUCCUCUUCAACUCGUUCCAACUCACGAACCACAUUGGGAAUACCAACUCGGUGUUGGUGUAGGUCCAAGCUGACUACAUUCGGUGCUCAGACAAGGGAAAACCUUUACCGUCGUUUCUACAGAUGCCAAAUCGGCGUUAAGAGACAGGACGAGCACCACUUAUUUAAAUGGAUAGGCGAGGCAAUUAUCGACGAGAUUAAUAUGCUUGCUUCGAAACAGUGCCAGCUUCUAUCAGAGGUACAAUCUUUCAAGGACACAAUGACACAGUGUCUUGAAGAGAAUGGCAAACACAUCGACGAGGCCUUGGUCGAGCUGAGAAGCUUCAAUGAAACGCAAACAAAUGCAACAUAUGUUACUAAAUCGCACUCCCACCUUGUCAACAUUGCGGCUGCAGCCAUUGCGGUUGGGACCAUGGCUUGGCUGUAUGCUAAACUCAGCAACUAG